AUGUCUGCAGAGCCAUUGGUCCCCGAGACGAGGGUCCUGGCUGUCGCAAGUCAUGUGGUCUAUGGCUAUGUCGGCAAUAAGAUGGCAACGCUUGUCAUGCAAUCCUUGGGCUGCGACGUCUCCCCCUUGAACACGGUUCAUUUCAGUAAUCAUGCUGGCUAUCGACAACUUAAGGGAACCAGAGCUACUGCCGAUGAGAUUACUGCUCUCUACGAGGGUCUAUGCCAGAGCCACCUGACGGACUUCGAUGUCAUGCUGUCGGGAUACACGCCCAGCGCCGCCGCCGUCGAGGCCGUCGGAGCCAUUGGACAGGAUCUUCAGCGCAAAGCCGAGAAGAAGCCCGGUUCUUUCUUCUGGGUGUUGGAUCCCGUCAUGGGGGAUCUGGGUCGCCUCUACGUCAAUGACGAUGUGGUCCCGGCCUACAAGAAAACCAUCCAUCAUGCCGAUUUGAUUCUCCCCAAUCAAUUCGAGGCAGAAGUUCUCUCCGGGAUCAAGAUCACCUCUCUCAGCACCCUUGCCGAAGCCAUCACCGCUAUUCACGCAACCUACAACGUCCCCCACGUCAUCAUCACCUCUGUCCAACUAUCCAAGCUUCCCGAAUCACCAUCGGUAGCUGCAGCACCUUCCCCCAACAACUUGACUGUCAUCGGCUCCACCACGAAAUCCGACGGUUCGCCACGGCUCUUCCGCGUCGAUGUCCCUGCUAUAGACUGCUUUUUCUCCGGAACUGGCGAUAUGUUUGCCGCUUUGACCGUCGCCCGGCUGCGGGAGGCGGUCUUCGCUGCGGGUCCUGAUUUACGAACAACCAAGUCCUGGGUCUCGCCGGACGAUGUCAAACCUGCGGACCUCCCUCUCGCCCAGUCCACCGUGAAAGUACUAGCAAGCAUGCACAGCGUGCUGGAGAAGACCAUGGAGGCGCGCAAUGCCGAACUGCUCGCCACGGCCGGCCAGGUCGACGAACAGCUUGGCGCGGAGGACAAACAGAAGCAGGAACAUCUACGACACACCAAGGCCGCUGAAGUUCGACUGGUGCGGAACGUGCAAUAUCUGCGCGAUCCGGUGGUCGAGUUCAAGGUGCAGGAAUGGAGGACGGAGGAUCUCCCUGCGCAGCUUCGAUAA